ACUGACGUCACUUCCCCAGCGCGCGAGAUCAUGCUAACAGAAGCUAACCGAGCAACUGUCAACCGAAAACUAUCCCGGAUCUCACAAUUUGUCAAGAUACUGUGAAUAAAAGCACAGCUGCCGAAUUAAUGCUCGGUAAACCGACUGUAAACUGAGUCUGGUUUCGCCGACAGCCGCUCGUGAGCUGGUUGUUUGCGGCUCUUUGAAGAAAGCGUCUCUUGUUGUUGACAUGACGAGCCCGGGUGUGUUGUGUCAUUAAGCUGCAGGACGUCUGUGAACAACCUAACGCAACUUAUUCCUAUGGUAUGCAUUCAAACCCUCCGUUCACCCCAACUCGGCCGGACUUCUGGCUUUAGUAAUUUUUGUUUGCGAUGAAGCUGCAGUGUGAUGUCGAGGUGGUUAGUCGGAUGCUCCCCACGUUUGGGAUCAAAAGUCGAGGUAAGGGGACGAGAGCUGUGGUCUCCAUCGGGAAGCAUUUGGACAAGACGUGUCAACGUAGCUGCAUUUACAUGAUGAUCUGCACAGCUAAAGACAGGACAGGCUCCAAGUACAAGCUCAAAGACAACAUAGAGAAGUUCUUCACUUGGUUCGUGGAGGAAGGCAAGGCUACUGUGAGACUAAAGGAACCUGCUGUUGACAUUUGUUUGAGCAAGGCUGAUGCAAACAGUUUGAAGAACUUCCUCUCAGCCGCUCGCUUGGCUGACAGAGGAAGCGACGCAAGCAGCCUUCCUCUCUCCACCCUCACUCCGGUACGCGCCCGUGACGUAGAACAACCCAAGAAGAAGCUCACCAUCGUCUCUAAGAAGGACUACCCGCUCACCUCCAACUUCCCCUACUCUCUUGAGCAGCUGCAGGUCUCCUACUGCAAACUGUCACGGGUGGACAUGCGGAUGCUCUCCCUUAAAGCUCUGCGCAAGCUCGACCUCAGCAACAACCAUAUCAAGAAACUCCCCGCCACCAUCGGCGACCUCGGCUGCCUCUCAGAGCUCGUCCUCCACAACAACCACCUGGAAUCCUUCAGCGAGGCCCUCUGCCUGUCUACUCUGCAGCGGACCCUCCAGCUGCUGGACCUCAGCCAGAAUCGCCUGCGGACCCUCCCCGCUCAGUUCUGCCAGCUCAAAGAACUAGUGAACCUCAAACUGGAUGACAAUGAGCUUGUUUGUUUGCCGUUUCAUGUGGGAAGGCUAUCCAGGUUGAGGUUCCUGUCGGCUGCGCAUAACCAGCUGGCUGUUCUGCCCACUGACUUCCGUAGACUGAGUCUGGAGAACCUGGACCUGUUUGGAAAUCCAUUUGUCCAACCAAAUCCUCUGGACCACACAAUGAAACUUACAUUCCCCGUUCCACUUCAAGAGCUGGCUUCUAGAGCGGUGGUCAACCUCAGGUUACCAUAUGGACCUCAACUCAUCCCCGCCCACUUGUGUCGGGACCUUGAAGUAGCCAAAACCUGCGACUGCGGCCGUGUCUGCAUCAGCUUCUACAUCAAGACAGCGGUCAGCAUGAACCUGCACCAGGUCUCUCACACGGUGGUCUUGGUGGACGACAUGGGGGGCACAGAUGCUCCGGUGCAGCAGCACUUCUGUUCCCUCUCCUGCUACUCUGAAUUUUUAGACCACUCCCUCCAGAGAGGAAUCAGAUAAGGAAGCACUAACUUUUUUUUUUUUUUUUCUGGAAAAAAAGGACACACUAACAGCUCGGAAAAUGCUGUGGACUGUUGCAUUAGAUUGCAGAUAGUUAGAUGCUGUUGGUAUGGGAUGAGGCGACUACAGUUGGAAACUUCAGCAGCAAACAGCUCAGUGGUGCAGUUAUUUGGUAGUAUCUUGAAAUGAAAGGGGAAUAUUGACUCAGUUAUGCUUUUUUUUUUUUUUGUAAUUCUCUUUUAAUCUUACAUUCAACUGAUGCACUUCCACCACAUUAAAAAAAAGGCUUACUAGAUUCAUAAAUACCCCUCAUACCUGCUCCAGCUUACACCGAGUGGUGCAAACUUCAUGCAAAAAUAGUGGGCAGCAUCACAGGCAUAAAAUAACAGUUUGCUAGGGCUACUGUUCUGUGUCAUAUAUCAUCUUUCCUGAUCUUCCUUCAUCUUAAAGCAAACUGCAAGUUUCCCUACUGACAUUUUUCUGAGUCAGGGGAAAAAAUAAAUUAGAUGAGUUUGUACCUGAACACAGUGCCUCAGGGUCCAGGAGCACUGACUAAAGGAAGGUGGUUUUUACUGUGCUAAUGACCCACUAUUUUUAUAAACAUAUAUACAUGAACAAUUUAAUAAAAUCAAGUAUUCAUUA